AUGUUUCUUCCUGACACCUCUUCACACCCACCGAUCCUUCAUCUCAAGACUUUUCGAGACAACAUGGACCACCCCAACCAGGCUCAACAGCCCACGAGCUCCUCUUCCUCAGCAUCGACCAAGAUCCAGAAUGUGUCGUCCCGUUCUUUGGUCGUCAAGUUCAUCCCCUCCGCCUGCGGCGAGCCAGAGCAUGGUGGUCGAUUCGUCCUCCUCGGCACCCUCACGGACAAGCAGAACGUCCGACGCAACUAUGGCAUGGAGAUUGCGGCUGAGCGUCUCGCUCAUAUGGCAGUCAACAGACGCCUCAUGAUGCUGAUCGACCAGAACGACUUCCGUGGGCCGCAUGCGAAGGACGUGUGGGAAGAGCUUCUCACCGAUGUUGAACUAUGGGCGCUGCCAAUCACUUCUGCUCUCCACACGAUCACGGUGGUCAGGCCAGUCUUGCUUCGCGCGGGAAAGAUGCGUUCGGACAAGUCGGACGAGCAGAAGAAAACCUUCAUCGCCAACGUCAGAGCACUGGAAACAACAUUAAAACCAAGCACUCCAGCUGCAGAGUUGCCAGCUUCUCCGGUCACGUCUCCGGUACAAACCACCAAUACUGAUCGAGCCUCUCCGAGGGCCUCUCCGCCAGCUACCGCACCCAGAGCCAGACCUAGCGGAGUACGAAAGGCCACGCAGUCCACGAAGAAUAUCGAACGGGCCCGCGCCAUGGAGGCCUUGGUGCGGCAUGAUCCGUUCAUGCAGAAUGCGACUCUUGUCGAUGCAGAUGUUCCGUCCUCGCUGGAGGGUAUCAAGGCACUGAUGGAGACCGAUAGCAAGGCGGUGGUCGAGUAUAUCGCACGAUGCAGGAACAGAGCGACUGCGUUGAAGGGGUUGGCUCAUCGGCAGUGA